AUGGACACGCAUCACCAAUGGAGCCUACCAGACCCUCAACUGCUUGAGUGGGCAAGGCAACUUCUGAGAAAGCUUGCAGGUGAUGAUUCUGAGCGGCCCCAACAAACCCUGCAGAAAGGCCCCAAGGCCGCAGCACUGGUUCUUGCCUUCCUCGAUGAUAUUGCCUCUCCGGAUAAACUUUUGAAUGAUUUGGUUCCCUACCUCUUUGACUGCCUAUAUUCUUCUCUCGAAAAAGACUUCGACGUUACGCUUGCAUUAUCCGAUCUAGAAUUUUUUGCUUCGUGGGAACGAAAACGAAUGGAAACACUAAACGAGACUCUGCAUCAAUUUAUUAAGACCUUUACUGGUGGAACCGCGCCGCUUUCUUAUGCAUCAGAUCAUGGACAUAUGGCAGCGGUCAAGUUGAUUAUCUCCACGGAGGGACUCAAGGGUAGCACUCAAACCUACGAUGAGGAUGACCCACAGCCACUGUCGUUGGCAGCACGGAAUGGACAUAAGGCGAUAGUCAAUAUGUUGCUCGCCACUGAGGGUAUUGACCCUGACCACCGCGAAGAAAGCUGGGAUGGCCAGACACCACUGUUGUUGGCGUCACAAAAUGGGCACGAAGCAAUCGUCAAGCUUUUGCUUGCCACGCCGACUGUCGACCCAAACAUUGAAGACUGGAGUUACCAGACACCACUGUUGCUAGCCUCACGCAAUGGACAUGAUGCCGUGGUCAAACUAUUACUUUCGCAUGGCGUGGAUCCAAACUUUCAGAAUUAUUGGGGGGAGACAUCUCUUCAAGUGGCAGCAGAGCUUGGAAAUGAAGCAGUCAUCAAGCAGCUACUGGCUGCGGAGAACUGCCAGGCAGAGAUUCAAAAUUCUCGAGGUGAAACAGCCUUAUCUGUGGCCGCAGAACUUGGUCAUGCAGCUGUAGUCAAACUCCUUCUUGCCACAGAUGGCGUCAAUCCUAGUAUUAAGGACUCGGGCGGACAUACACCACUGUGGUGGGCGGCAAGAAAUGGUCAUUGUGCUGUCGUUCAACUGUUCUUGACUAUUGGGGAUGUCGAUCCCGACAUUAAAGGGACUGGUGGCUACACGCCCCUAUCAUGGGCAGCGCGAAAUGGCCAUCAGGACGUGGUUGAAACAUUACUUGUAACAGAUGGUGUUAGCCCUGAUGCGAGGACCUCAGAUGGACGCACACCGCUCUCCUUGGCAGCAGAGGCUGGAAAUGAGGCAGUCGUCAAAGUCCUGCUCAACGCGCAAGGUGUCAAUCCAAACUUCUCGGAUUCAAAAGGACGCGCGCCGAUAUGGUGGGCUGCACAAAGUGGAAACGAAGCUGUAGUCAAAGCGCUGCUUGCAACGGAGAACACAAGCCCGGAUACCAAGGAUUUCGACGGGGAGACACCCUUGAACUGUGCGGCACGGAAUAAUAAUAUGGGAAUAGUGCGACUACUUCUUGCUACAGACGGAGUUGAUCCUGAAUCUAAGGACACUCAGGGCCAUACACCACUUUUAUGGGCGGUGUAUUACAGACAUGAAGAGGUGGCCAAAGAAUUGAUUGCUAUGCAAAGCGUUAAUCCUGAUUCUGCAAAUUCUGACGGACAAACACCAUUACUAUAUGCUGCAGAAUAUGGAAACGAUGCUCUAGUUGAGCUGUUACUCUCCACAAAUCGCGUGAACCCUGAGUCUUGGAAUUCAAACGGAGAGACGCCGUUAUGGUGGGCAGCGCGAAACGGGCACCUGGAAGUAGUCAAGCUACUACUUGCAGAAGGCGCUGAUCCCGAAUCUAAGAGUCAUAGUGGGGAGACAACACUAUUAUGGGCGGCACGAAACGGCCACGAGGCAGUGUGCAGGCUACUUCUCGAAACAGGGAUCGACCCUGAACCCCAGAGCCCUGGUAGGGAGACCUCGUUAUGGUCAGCAGCACGAAACGGGCACGACGCGGUGGUUGAGCUACUUCUUGCGACUCAGAGGGUUGAUCCUGACUUCAAGGACUCCAGGGGAGAGACGCCGCUCUGGUGGGAGGCUCGGAAUGGGAAUGAGACAAUUGUCAAUUUGCUGCUUUCAAUGGGAGUCCAUCCAGAUUCCGAAAAUUUAGAUGGACAGACGCCACUAUCUUGUGCAGCAGAAUUCGGGCAUGAGGCUGUAGUCAAGUUGCUUCUUGCCAAUGGUGUCAACCCCAACUCUCGGAGUUCCAGUGGAGAGACGCCGCUUUCUUUAGCGACAGAAAACGGACAUGAGUCCGUUGUACAGCUGCUGAGUGAGGCAAGAGCAUGA